CGUUUUUAUCGCUCUUCCGGGCCGUUAGAUGGCGCUGUCGUGUCCAAUCGCGUGUGAAUCACCCUAGAAGCAGUAGCGGAACUCGAAUACUAAACAUCGAAUCGCUGCCUUGUGUUGACCCAGCGCUCCAGGCCAAAUGGCAGCAGCUUCUUCGUCGUCUUCUUCAGCUGGUGGAGUGAGCGGGAGCUCCGUUACUGGAUCUGGUUUCAGUGCAUCAGAGCUCAUUCCCCCGAGAAAAGUACUCUACACAUACCCUAAAGGAGCCGGGGAGAUGAUGGAAGAUGGCUCAGACAGAUUUCUGUGUGAAUCAGUUUUCAGCUAUCAAGUAGCAUCAACUCUAAAACAGGUGAAGCAUGAUCAGCAGGUAUCCCGUAUGGAGAAGUUGGCCAGCCUGGUGGAGGAGCUGGAGGCAGACGAGUGGAAAUAUAAACCUAUUGAACAGCUUUUGGGCUUUACCACUUCAUAGCUAACCACUUGCUGCUCAUAUUAAUUCAUGAAUUGUAAAACAAAUAUUUUAACCAGAAUGGAUUAUGUAUCGUUUAUUUAUGCACAUUUCCCAUAUUUGACAUCAGCUACAGCCUUAAAUGAAGGAGUUUUGGACAAUUUUAUGGAACUGAAUACUUAAAUGUAAAUAUUCAUGUCAUAAAGUACUAAUCAUGUGCAGAUGUUUACCCAAACUUUGACUUUUUAAAGUACCUGACUUUUUUUGGUUUUUGUUUUUUGGUUAAGAUUUUUUUAAUGGAAUAAAACUGCUGUAAUUCAUAUGAUUAAAAAGAAAAAUAAAAUCAUAUUUUAUUGAUACGUUCUUUCAUUACAAAUA